AUUCAACUCUCUUAACUGUUUCUUCAGGCAUUUUGAAAUCCAUGUUUUUCAAAAUCAUGAGCUUUUAGUUCUGUUUAUUAGUUGUUUCACAUUAGGUGUCCCCAGCCAGCAUCCUCUGGGAGGAGGGUGGUCACCCGCCUCAGUCUCCUGAUGCGGCAUCGUUCUAGUGUGACGGGCAUCACAGCUGCAGGGUGUUAUUACAGCUUCAUUACCACGCGUCACAGGAGAACAGGGUGUUCUAGGAUGGCAUUUCUUGCACAACUUUUUGUUUUCCCUGGAGUUAAUAAUUGCCUAUUUUUUGUUUGCCUGGUUUUCUAUAUGUGUUUGUCAUCGAUUCAUCUUUAGACUUUCCUGCAAAAGCAUGAGCAUCCUCUCACAGCUUAGGACUCAUCACAUAACUGACUGCUCAGUUUCUUCUUUUCCUGGAGCCCCCACUAUGCAAAGCCCCCUGCCCAGGCUACUUGUUCUUGGACUUAUGGUCCAGUUGUCAGCAUGGGUUAACUCUUCACCAGUGUCCUGGAAUGCUUUCCUUUUCCUUCAUUUGCUCUGUUUGAGAAGUACCAUCCUCCAAGUUUCCUGAGAGGGUGCAUAGGAAGUUGCGGAGUCUUUACCUGUUUGUCUUUAUGCUAACCUCACAUAUGCUUGACGGUGUGACUAGUUACAAAAAGCUUGGCUUGGUUGAAAAUCAUUUAUUCCCAGGAUUUUGAGGGUGUCGUGUCAUUUUCUUCUAGUUCUGAGAACUCUUGUGCCUUUCUGAAUUCUGACUCUUUACCUAUGAUCUCUUCUGUUUUAUUCUUUGCCCCAUUACUUCGGCAAUUUUCAAUGAUGUGUCUUGAUAUACAACUUGCCUUUCACCCAUUGUUCAGGAAACAUGACUGUUUGGUUCUAGGAAAUUUUCGUGAUUUAUCUCUUUGUUGAUUUCUCUCAUUUCCUUAUUUUCUGGACAAUUUAUUUAGAUGUUGGGUUUCUGUUUUUUGGGUUUUUAUUUUUUGUUUUUGUUUUUUGAGACAGGAUUUGGCUCCGUCACCCAGGCUGGAGGGCAGUGGUAUGAUCACAGGGCACUGCAACCUCCACCUUCUGGGCUCCAGCAAUGCUCCCACCUUAGCCUCCCUACUAGCUAGGACUACAGGCCUGUGCCACCAUGCCCAGCUGGUUUUUUAAAAUUAUUUUUUGUAGAGAUGUGGCCUCGCUAUAUUGCCCAAGCUGGUCUUGAACCCCUGGGUCCAAGUGAUCCUCCUGCCUCAGCCUCCUGAAGUGCUGGAAAGGCAGGUAUGAGCCACUGUGCCUGACCUGGACUUCUCUUUUGAGAUGCAGUCAUGGUGGUGGAAACAACACAGGCUCUGGAGCCAUUCUACUGCUCCCUGCCUUGUGAUGUUGCCCAUCAGUAAAAAUGGGGAUAACAGCUGUACCCAUUGCAUAGCACUGGGUUGUGAGGAUCCCAUGAGUGAACGUGUGUAAGAACAGUGCUGGGCACCAUGCACCCUGCGUGCACGUUAUUGUCAAGGGAAGCUGUUCCCAGAGGGUGGUGCCUGUGGCUUCCCCUGGUGGUGGUGGUGGACCAGCCCCCCACCACCCAUCCACCCCCUCCAUUGUGGAGGCCUUGUGUGCCAGGCUGGCCCUAAGGGCACCCACCUGUGUUACUGCUAUUCUGUUUUCCAGCUAUCUGGUUCUGUCAUUAUACAUUCUGGAAGACUUCAUCCUAAAAAGCCUAUUGAAUUGCUCUUUCCCCUCAUGUUUUAUUUCUAAGAGCUCGUUCUCAUCCUGAGUGUUCUUUCUCUAUAGCCCCCCGUUCCUUUUUAUUGCCUGUAAUACCUCUAAUAUCUCUGAGAAUGCCAUUUUAGUUUUCAUUUUUCUUUGGCUUCCUUUAUUGUCUCUGUUUCUUCUGAGUCCCUUUGCUUCUUUCUCAGGUGUCUGAUGAUCCUGGGCUGUCCAGUUGCUUUUAAGAAUGAGAUGCUUUUAGUGGCUGGGGCUUAUGGCCUGGUGAGCUUCGAGGCCAGGGAUCUGGCUGGGCCAUUCUACUGGGCAACCCUCUGCCCCUAGCUGCCCUGCCAGUCUUUUCUUUUGAGCUGGGAGCUGCAGCAGAAAAGAGCCCUCCUCUCUGAGGAGGCUGAUGGCAUGUCGGUGGUCAGACCCAGCCCAGGGGGUGGAGGUAAGGCAAGGACCCAGAGUCUCACUUAUUCCCAGGCUUUCAGACAGAGCCUUGCUUGAGCAGGGCCUCAGAGCUCCUCUCCCAGAGUUCACGUCUCAGCCACUGCACUGCCUGCCAGCCCCGGUGGGUAUGGACAGAGGUCUGGGGUUUCCUUUCUGUAGCUGUGCUUUCACCCACGACCCUCAGACACCGGCCUCCAUGGCCGCGUGGGCUGGAGUAGCUCUCACUGUCCAUCUUCCUCCAGCUCUACAAUAUCCCAGCUCUUUGCCCUUGCAGGGUUUGUCUUUAUAAAACCCCUUUCGUAUAAUUUCAGAGGGUUUCAGGAGGAAGGCGGGGGAAUAUGCUGCCCUAUUUAAGUAGAGGUGUCUGUAUUAAAUUCUAAACGUUCCCAGGGUUGAAAGGAGGCCUGCCCGGGAUGCCUUGUGGCCUCAGGCACUGAAGGUGCCUGAGCUUACAGAUGUGGCUUCUUCAGAUGACCAAGUUGGGGUCUCGGGACUGGGUGCAGCAGAUGGCAAAUGUCCAGGACGGGCAGCUUUCCCAGCAGUACUGAUAAACACUUUGGGUCAUGAAAGACAGUUCAGGUACUAAGGGGGCCUGUAGCCUGCGGGCCUAGUGACUGAUGUCAGCCAACCUACGGUCCUCUGUUCCCUGGAAGGAGAAAAGGCUGCCAAUUGAACGAGGUUUCCCGGCCCCAAGGAUGUCACGACGCGGGGACGAAGCAUCUCACGACGUGAGCCUGAAACACACGGGCCUUUCAUCACCCGAGACUCCUCCAGUCCAGGAGGGUCCCGCUCUUUCCCCUGCCUCGCGGAGGAGAGCCUCUGGACGACGCCCGCGACGGCGUUUUCUCCAAAAAAGGCAGAGAAGAGAAGCUCAGUAGUGGCCGCAAGGGCGAGGGGAGGCGAGGGCCACCACGCGCUCCCGCGUCGGCCACGCGGCGAGAAAAGCCCGGCUCGUGUACCGCGGCGCGCGCCCCUGGACGCCCAUGUUGCACGGACCCCUCCCCUCGCCCGGCCAAGGGCACACCCCUUCCGUCGCCCCUCCCGCGGGCGUUAACCGUCCCUCCCCGCCCCGGAAGCGCGUUCUUACCUCCUUCCUCGCGAGAGUACCGUGCGCCGGCGCCCAGAUCGCGCGAGACCGCGGAAGGAGCAAGAGUGGGUGGUGCGCGCGGCGGCCGCGACGGACGCAAGAUGGCGACGGCGACCAUAGCUCUCCAGGUCAAUGGCCAGCAAGGAGGGGGGUCCGAGCCGGCGGCGGCGGCGGCGGCAGUGGUGGCAGCGGGAGACAAAUGGAAACCGCCACAGGGCACAGACUCCAUCAAGAUGGAGAACGGGCAGAGCACAGCCGCCAAGCUGGGGCUGCCUCCCCUGACGCCUGAGCAGCAGGAGGCCCUUCAGAAGGCCAAGAAGUACGCCAUGGAGCAGAGCAUCAAGAGCGUGCUGGUGAAGCAGACCAUCGCGCACCAGCAGCAGCAGCUCACCAACCUGCAGAUGGCAGCAGUGACAAUGGGCUUUGGAGAUCCUCUCUCACCUUUGCAAUCGAUGGCGGCUCAGCGGCAGCGGGCGCUGGCCAUCAUGUGCCGUGUCUACGUGGGCUCCAUCUACUACGAGCUGGGGGAGGACACCAUCCGCCAGGCCUUUGCCCCCUUUGGUCCCAUCAAGAGCAUUGACAUGUCCUGGGACUCUGUCACCAUGAAGCACAAGGGUUUUGCCUUCGUGGAGUAUGAGGUCCCUGAAGCUGCACAGCUGGCCUUGGAGCAGAUGAACUCGGUGAUGCUGGGGGGCAGGAAUAUCAAGGUGGGCAGACCCAGCAACAUAGGGCAGGCCCAGCCCAUCAUAGACCAGCUGGCUGAGGAGGCACGGGCCUUUAACCGCAUCUACGUGGCCUCUGUGCACCAGGACCUCUCAGACGAUGACAUUAAGAGUGUGUUUGAGGCCUUUGGCAAGAUCAAGUCUUGCACACUGGCCCGGGACCCCACAACUGGCAAGCACAAGGGCUAUGGCUUCAUUGAGUACGAGAAGGCCCAGUCGUCCCAAGAUGCUGUGUCCUCCAUGAACCUCUUUGAUCUCGGUGGCCAGUACUUGCGGGUGGGCAAGGCCGUCACACCACCCAUGCCCCUACUCACACCGGCCACGCCUGGAGGCCUCCCACCUGCCGCUGCUGUGGCAGCUGCUGCAGCCACUGCCAAGAUCACAGCUCAGGAAGCAGUGGCCGGAGCAGCAGUGUUGGGUACCCUGGGCACACCUGGACUGGUGUCCCCAGCACUGACCCUGGCCCAGCCCCUGGGGACUUUGCCCCAGGCUGUCAUGGCUGCCCAGGCACCUGGAGUCAUCACAGGUGUGACCCCAGCCCGUCCUCCUAUUCCGGUCACCAUCCCCUCAGUGGGAGUGGUGAACCCCAUCCUGGCCAGCCCUCCGACGCUGGGUCUCCUGGAGCCCAAGAAGGAGAAGGAAGAAGAGGAGUUGUUUCCCGAGUCAGAGCGGCCAGAGAUGCUGAGCGAGCAGGAGCACAUGAGCAUCUCGGGCAGCAGCGCCCGCCACAUGGUGAUGCAGAAGCUGCUCCGCAAACAGGAGUCCACAGUGAUGGUUCUGCGCAACAUGGUGGACCCCAAGGACAUCGAUGAUGACCUGGAAGGGGAGGUGACAGAGGAGUGUGGCAAGUUCGGGGCCGUGAACCGCGUCAUCAUCUACCAAGAGAAACAAGGCGAGGAGGAAGAUGCGGAAAUCAUUGUCAAGAUCUUUGUGGAGUUUUCCAUAGCCUCCGAGACUCAUAAGGCCAUCCAGGCCCUCAAUGGGCGCUGGUUUGCUGGCCGCAAGGUGGUGGCUGAAGUGUACGACCAGGAGCGUUUUGAUAACAGUGACCUCUCUGCGUGACAUUGGCCCCUCUCCCUGGACUUGCACUUGUUCCUUGUUUCCUCUGGGUUUUAUAGUGAUACAGUGGUGUCCCCGGGGCCAGGCGCACUGUGCCCAGCCCGGCCUAUAGUGCGGAUAAAGGUGCGGAUGCUGCUGGCCCUGAA